AUGAGAGUCCAGCGCAGGAAGAGACGCGGUUCAGUGCCAGCAAUCGGUAGCCCUCAGAGGCACAAGCUUCGGGAACUGCGCAGCCGUGCCAUCCUUGAACAAGUUACAUGCAACGAGGCUGCAAAUAUGGCUGGUGUUUAUCUCGGCGUUGAAGCCGAAUCAUACAUGAUUGAUGUGCCUCAUGUGGUAUCCUGGGAGCAGCCCGACAAUGACCCUGACUUACUAUUUAAUUCUGCGGAAAUGGAUCUAUUCUUAUAUGAUGUCAAUAUUGGCGCUAUCGACCCAUUGAAUCAGAUAUACUGCCCUGGACCAACGCCUGAAAUGUCGUCAGCCUGGGACAACAAUCUAGAGGGUCUCGAUGUUUCUGUUACUUGGGAUAGCUCCGAGUAUUCCGAGACGACAUCGCCCUCGUCGCAAGCGGAGAGCAAUGGUCCAUCAGAUGCGUAUCUCUCUCAUGACAUUCCCAUCUCAUACUUGAACGAAUUAACGGCGAAUAACAUGUCCGUGGAUGAGUUGAUGGCCAUCUUGGAACACAAUUUGGUAACGGAAACAUUAACCAACGAUAUAUCAUACGACCAAACAACAGAGAGCAUAACAAGAGACUUGACUAUGAAUCAGAAUAUAUUAAACGAUACAACAAUGGAUUAUUACACGGCAAACUAUCCUCAAGGCAUGGAUUGGGGCAGCAGCAAUACGGAAAUGAGUGCCGAGCUAACCCCUUCCAAUAUGGAUGAUGACAAUUUUGACGAUGAAGCGGGAAAUUCUUCCACCGUCAGCUUCAAUGAUCCUUCAUCAGACACGAGCCCCACCGGGGAACUUCGGCCUGGCUAUAGAUGGUGUUGCGACGAGUGGAAGAAGCACGACGGCAAUUUCAAGUAA